AUGGAGAAGUCCUCACCGAUGGGUAAUCUGGAGAUGGGCGAAACGGCCAGCCAGUCUCGCUCGGUCGAGUCGCAGUUCAAGUCCUCCGAGUCCAAUGACCCCCAGAACCCCAAGAACUGGAGCAAUGCGCGCAAGACUCUACUCUUUAUGUCGCUCAUGUCCAGCUCGCUGUUGGCGGACGGCGCAAUGGUCUGGGGUUCUACCCUGAUCUCCCAGCAGGCCAUGGAUUGGAAUAUCUCCAUCACGCAUUCGGCAACGAGUAUGAACUAUGGUAUUCUGUUGCAGGGUUUCGGUGGAAUCUUUGUUGUUCCGCUCAUCGAAGCCUAUGGUCGCCUGCCUAUGUGGUUGUGGCCACAGGUGCUGACGAUGUUCAUGGUCCUGGGCGCCACUCUCUCUACGAACUACUCAACUUUCACGGUCUUUCGCUCUCUUCAGGGUCUGUUCGGUACUGUGCCGCAGGUGAUCGGUCUCCCUAUCAUUCAUGACAUGUACAGUCCAGCUGAAUGGCCGCGUAUGAUCAACAUCUGGGGCACUACAUUCCUGGUCGGUCCGUUCCUUGGGCCUGCCAUCGCCGGAUAUAUCGGGGCUGGCACGGACUGGCGCAUUUCCUUUGGUGUCUUGACGGCCAUCUAUGGUGCAUCGACGAUUGCUGUCCUCCUGUUCGGCCGUGAGACGUAUUAUACGCCACACCGACCAGGACCGACUCCUUCGCGAGUUGCGCUGUGCUUUGGUAUUGGCAACACUCAGCUCCCGAAGAGGGCGACUCUGUGGCACUGGUGCCGCAUGGUCGUGAUCUAUGUCUUCAAGUUCCCGCUGCUCAUGACAGGGCUCGCGAUUCUGGUCACAUUUACUUGGCCAAUCGGUAUCACGACCACCAUCGACACCUUCCUGCACAGCCCCCCUUACCUCUUCGACACUAUCCAGGCAUCGUCCAUGCGCUUUGCCGGUGUUAUCGGUGCCCUGUGUGGCUGGGUCUUUGGAUUCUUCUUCAACAAGUGGAUCUACAACCACCACCGCACACACUGGAGGACCGAAUACCGGCUCCACGGGGUUUGGAUCCCCAUUGGCAGCAUGGCAGCGGGUCUGCUCACGUACGGUCUGACCAUGAAUUUCCACAAGCACUGGAUCGGGAUCGCCUUUGGUUGGAUCAUGGUGAAUAUCGGCAUGGUGGCUUCUAUUGUGGCCAUCUCGGCGUAUGCGCUGGAGAAAUACCCGGGCCAGGCGACCUGCGUGUCGGCCAUACUGAAUAUGUGGCGCACCUGUGGCGGGUUCGCAGUCGGAUACUUCCAGCCAGCCUGGAUUGCACGCAAUGGCCUGGGACUCGUGUUUGGCAUCCAGGCCAUAGUGGUCUGUGUGGCGAUUGUCUUGACUAUUACGCCGGUGCUGCUGUGGAGGCGAUCGCGGCAGCCGAGUGGG